AUGUAUCGGAAAAAACAAGACAACGUUGAUGAUCCACCAGUUAUACCUUCACCGACUUCACCCACUGAAAUAAUUGAAGAUCAAGAAAAUCAAAGUAUUCGUAAAGUAUUGAAAAAUUAUUCUUAUCAAAAAAAUUGGGAAAAAUCGUUUAACUGGCUAUAUUAUAAUAUUCAAAAGGGUGGAGCUUUUUGUAAGAAAUGGAACAUAACUAUUCUAAACGAUAAACAGCCAAUGCUGAAAACUUCAGACCGUGAUGGUGGCACAUUAUACCUUGUUCCGGAACUAUGUUCUAUAACUGAAUUCAAUGAUACUAUAGGAAAAAAGCACCUGGUUAAAGAAUUGAGUCAGUAUACAAAUUAUGGACCAAAUAAAACAAUAAAUAAAUAUAAUCAAUUUCUUAGUAAAUUGCAAUACACACAAAAAUUCUCUGAGGCUUUAAAUUCGUGGCACUUAAGUUUGAGUAGAAAAUUAAUUAGAAUCUCUGGACGUAUACUACCUCCUGCGAAUUUAAAAUGCCGUAAUCACAUUAUCCCUGUUGGUGAUCAAGGAAAUUGGACAGAUCAAUUAAAACUGUUAAAAAUGUUAAAAACCCCAUAUGUUGAGAACUGGGUUGUCUUAGCUCCUUCGAAGUAUUUUUCAAUAGUAAAACAAUUUGUCUAUAAUCUAAUGCUUAUAGCGAAGACAAUGGCAUUUACACUACCAGAACCAGAAAUAGUACAAAUUAAUGAUGAAUCUCAAAUAUCGUACAUGAAUCAUUUGGACGAGAUUGUUAAUAGAAAUAUUAAUUUUAUUUUAUUUGUGAUCAAGUCUCGGAAUAGUGAUAUUUAUAAUGGAAUAAAUAGAAAGUUAUGUUUAGAAGCAUCAGUACCAUUUCAUUUACUGUCUUUGAAACAAGUUUCAAACAAUGACUUAUCAACGUAUGCCAAAACUGCCAUACGAAUAAAUUGUAAGUUAGGUGGAGUGCCCUGGUCAGUAGCGGAUAUCGCUGAUGAGAAUAUUAUGGUAGUUGGAUUGGAUAUGUACCGAGAUUCACUUAACAAACAUAAAUAUUUUUGUGCAGUAGUGGUUUCAAUAAAUAAUUGUAAUAUGAGAUACUCCAGUUAUGUUAAACUACUAUGUAAAAAAGACAUAUCAGAAUUUUAUGUUUCGUGUAUUGUUGAUGCUUUAAGUAAGUAUAAAGACUUAAAUCGAAAAUUGCCUAGAGGAGUACUAAUAUAUAGAGAUGGUUUAAAAUAUGAAGAUGAAUCAUUUAAAAAAACUUGUAUGUCUGAGAUUAAUUUAAUGCUGGCAAAAUGUUUGGAAUUCUAUCGUGGAUGUAUGGUUCCCUUUGCAUAUAUAUUAGUAAGAAAAUCAAAUGAAACUAAAUUUUUCAUUCAUAAUGAUUCAUUAAAUUAUAGAAAUCCACUACCUGGAACAAUUGUUGAUUCUGAUAUCACUAACCCAAAUAUAUUGGACUUCUUCUUGAUUUCACACACAGUCAAGUCUGGAUCAGUGUCUCCAACUUACUAUUGUAUACUGUUUAAUUCUAUUCCUCAGUUUUUGAUAGACGAACUACACAUGAUCACUUACUUCUUAACUCACGUGUACUACAAAAGUUCGCAUACCAUACGAGUUCCUGCACCGUGUCAAUUAGCAUAUGAUUUAGCAUAUUUUAGUGCAAAUACACUUAAGAGUACGGAAAAAAUAUUGUUACACAGCUAUCCAUUUUUUUUUUAAAUUAUUAUUU